AUGGUAACAUACGACGCCCUAAUCAUCGGCUCCGGACCCGCCGGUCUCUCCGUCGCUCUCGGGCUAAGCCGUAUCCACCGCCGAGCCGCCAUCUUCACCAAACCCGGCGGCGCAGGCUUCCGCAACGCAGGAGUCCCCGAGAUGCACAAUGUCCUCGCACAGGAUACCACCCCACCAGCGGAAUUCCGGCGCAUCGCAACCGAGCAGAUCAACGCGUACGGGACGGUCGACUUCCUCGAGGCGGAGAUCGUCGCUAUCAAAGCAUAUGCCCAAAACGGCGCUGCGGAUACCUUCCACGUCACAACCGCCGACGGACGGACCUGGCAGGGCCGGAAGCUGGCGUUGGCAAUGGGGUGCAUCGACGUGUUUCCUGAGAUAGAGGGGUACGCGGAGAACUGGCCGCAGAAUAUCUUCCAGUGUCUGUUUUGUGAUGGGCAUGAGCGGGCGCAUCUUCCAGGGGGGAUAUUGACGUUCCCGCAGCCGAUGUAUGCGCACUUGGCGCAGAUGAUGCAUCUCCUUGUGACGCCUACGUCUGGAUCAGUUACUAUCUUUACGGACGGGCCGGUGGCAGAGGAUGAGGCGAUGAACGCUGCAAUGGAGAAGGUCAAUGCGCUGCAGUGUAAAGUUGAAACAAAAAAAAUUCUCCGACUGGUCCCUGUGCCUCCACCUGACAUAGGUGUUAGGGUCGUUCUUGAAGGUGGCGAGGAGUAUAAGAUGGGAUACCUCGCCCACAAGCCGCGGACGAUCCUGGCGGGUCUAGACAUGAUUACCCAGCUUGGGGUUGAGAUUGAAGACGACCCGAUCCUGGGGCAGAGCGUCAAGGUCGAUCGGCUGUUUUCGACGAAUAUCAGGGGGGUUUUUGCUGCGGGAGAUGCGGCCACUCCGUUGAAGGUUGUUGCUAAUGCGAUGGGGAGUGGAUCCACCGUUGCAGCUGGUAUCGUGCAGCAGCUAGUCGCAGAUGAUAUGGAGCUCGUCCUGGCAGCACAGAAAACAGUUUAG